GAAACGCCACGGACCCUUUUCUUGUGCAGUGGAUUUUGUAGGGGGAGGAUAAUUGUUGUAACACAGCCGGAAGUCCAACGUUCGGUGCACGAUAGGCGGCACAUGGAAGCCGGGCGGUUUGUUUCGAACUGAAUUGGCGAAGGAUUUGUCAUUAAAUGUCCUGGUACUUGGUAACUGAUAAAAAUUCUAGAGGGAGCACGUUUGCCUGGUCCCCCGCAGUACUCCGGUGAAAUGGUAAUGUUUAGCAUGUGGCCGAGGACAGCGUCAGACCCGAAGAUCGGCAGUGAUUUCCCAAUGAGUGGUGAAGGCACUGGUUUAGGGGUACCUGCCCCAGCACUGGCGGGGUAUUUGGGAAAACUCCCAGAUACCUGCCCCUGGUGUGCUGCCAGAGGACUAAUCCACACGCUCCGCACUUACCGCACCAGCCUCCAGGACUCAGUCACGCUCUGCCCCAACCCACAGUGCCUUUUUCCCCUGGUAAGCAAACCCCUGGAAGAUGUUCUGGUUAGUUGUACUACAGGGCAGAAGAGGAAGAUGCCAGCCAGUCCCAUAGGAGGGCACUUCACAUCUCCUCCAAAGCACCCAAGACCAUCAUGUACCAUUGGCCCGGAUGGGGGGGUGUUAGAAAUGGGAGCUGGGGUGGUAGGUGAACUGGAACCUGACGUGAGACUGGAAGAGGAGUAUGAGGCAGAGCUGGUAGACAAACCAAAUCUAGGGCUGUGGGAGGAGUCAGAGGCGGAGCCAGCAGAUAAGCUUGUGGGCGAACCAAAACCACAUCAGGGACUAAGGAGAGCCACUGAGGCCGGCUCUGAGUCAGCAGCACAGAUAGAGGGUGAACCAGAGUGGGAGAUGGAGCCGAGGGAGGAGCCAAAGGCACAGGUAGAGACGCCUGUAGUAAUGGUUGACGCAUCAGAACCAGAAGCUGGGGUGUGGGAGGAGACUGGGGUGGAGUCAGCAGCAGAGAUGGUGGACCGAUCAGAACCAGAUGUGGGGCUGUUGGAUGAAUGUAAGGCGGAGCCAGGAGCAGAAUUGAUGAAUGAUGUUGAGCAGAAAUCAGGGCUUUCACAGGAUACUGAAUUAGGAGUUAGACUUGCGGAGGACUCUGGGCCAGCUCGGGAGGACGAGUCGAACCCUGGAGCAUGUUUGGGGGAGGAGCUUACAGUUGCCCCACCCCACCUCUUCUGGAAGAAUGAGCAGAACCUGUGCUGGCUUGACUGUCUCCUGGUGGCCCUCGUCCACUGUCAGGCCCUGAGGGAGCACAGAGCGAGCCUCGUGGAUGGCACAUCUGUUGUCGGCCGCCUUCUGGCCAGCUACGACCAAGCCGGCUUGCUGGUGAAGGCCAGAGAAGAGACGCACCAACAGGUUGUCAGAGUGCCUGCUGCAGUCCUUCAGGAAGCACAAGCAAACCUUGACGACCUCCGCAUGUCCAUUUUUAAACUCCUGCAACCGAAGCUGCAGUGCAAACUAGGUGAGUGGGAGACCCCAGUGUUUGCCCUGCCCCUCCUCCUGAAGCUGGACGCGGGGGCCGGGGACCUCUUCCAGCACGCCUUUGAGUGGGUCUUCGAGUGCGCUGCCUGUGGCCACACCUUCAGCAGCAGGUGCGAGAAGACCAUCACCACGUUCACGCAGGUCCUGCCCGACUGGCACCCGCUUGGUGCCCUCCACCGGGCCCCCUGCAGCCGCUGCCACCACAAGCAGCAGCGGAGGAAAAUGGUUCUGGAGCGGUUGGGUCCUCUAUUUGUCCUGCACUUCGUUGAAGGUCUACCUCAGAAUGACAUCUCCAAAUAUGCAUUUGACUUCCAAGGAAUGCAUUACAGCGUCACCGUCAUCAUCCAGUACUCUGAGCACAUGAAACACUUCGUCACCUGGCUUCGGACCUCAAGCGGUGUGUGGCUUGAGUUCGACGAUCUGAAGCACCCACAGUGCACUGCACACGCGGAGCUACCGGUCCUCGCCAAUCAGAUCCACGUGGUGUUCUGGGAGUUGCAGGGGCGGGCCGAUGUCCUUCAGAGUCCGCGGCGCAGCCUGGCCUUUCCUGCCUUGCAUAACGAUGACGAUAUCGUCAGUGCCCUCACAUUAGAUGACACGAAUGUGGGCACCACACUUCCAGACAUCUCCGUUGGAGAAGGAACCUUGCAGGAUGCCUUCCAGGGCCUGUCACACAAUGACAUUGUCACCCUAACCCUGGUAGAGGUGAAAGUGGACGCCCUGGGGAGGCCCCUGGAAGAUCACCCAGGACAGGAGGCCCUUAGCGCCCCCAGUGCUGAGCUGGAUUCUCCCUCAGCGUACAGUCCUGCAGCUGCUGUUUUGUGCCCCCGGGUGUCGGACUCACCGCGGAAGAGGGUACCAAAAAGAAAGCAGAAGGAGCUGUCACAAGCCUCGGGGACGGCACCCCCAGUCAUCGGCUCUCCUCCCCCAGGGGCUCCCGCAGUCCUUUCCUCAGCCCCCAACGCUCGCUGGUCCACGCUCCUGAGCAAGCAUCCAUUUCUCCAGUCCACUCCUCUGCCCCAGAGGCAGAUCACGGCCUCGUCACCGCCGAAAGCUCCACAGAAGGUCACAGACAGCUUUCCGGUGAAGGCGGCAGACAUGUUUGUGGGCUUUAAGCUUAACAAGGAGACCUUAGGUGGGAGCCCACCUUGCCUCAGCGCCGAGCCGCAGAAGCAGAACAAUGUUUUCAAGCUGCCAGGACCUCCGCCUUCCACUAUCCCUCCGCAGAAAUCUGGGGGUGUGGUGGGGGCCACAGUGCUUCCCAAAGCACCCCCCAAGCUGGAUGAAGGCACAGACGCUCUUCGCCACAAACUCCUAAAGAAACUCAAAGCGAAGAAGAAGAAGCUGGCAGCCCUCAAUCAUCUGCUGAAGACGAGGAUGGAGUCGCCCGUCCCCACGCCCGACAGCACGGGCUUCAGCUCCCCCUCCACGGUCAGCUCCAGCACCGCGGCCCACAGCCCCGCCUACGACGAGUUCCUGGCGGACCUCCUGUCGCCAGCGACGACCGCGAGCAGCCUAUCGCCCGACAGCACGGGCCUGCUGGAGAUGCUGACGACCGGCCAGGAUGUGGGUGGCCAAAAUGGGCAAGGCCUGACCCCCAAGACCCUGAUCGUUGGACCUGAAGCUAUAGGAAGUGACAUCCCUCCUUCGGGGGAUGAUUUUCUAGAAGAAUUUAUGUCUGGUGCAUGUGUGACUGAAAGUCCGGACUUGAAUGCAUUCGACUUGUUUUUUUAAUUGUUUAUGCAUAACGCUGUGAGGUGUUUUCCCCUUUUCAGAAAGGCUUUGCGUAGACUGUCGUUUCACUACUUGAAAGUUGACAUACAACAGACUUUUUUUUUUUUUUUUUAGAGUUUAUUGAUUAGCAUUUAAACUGUUAUGUCCAUUUGUAAUGCUAUGUGUUAAUACUGAAUGUAACUAUUUGUAUAGUUAUAUAUCCAAUGUCACGAAUGGUCACGAUAAAUCUUGCUGUGUGGAAGGUUCUGAAAGAAAUCCACUGGUAAUUGACCCCCCGCAAACCCCCCCCCCCCCCCAUGUAAAUUUUUUAAUUUAUUUUUCCUGUAGCUUUGUAACCUCAACCUAAAUUGGGUGAUUCGUCUGUUUUCUAUAGUAAAAUUGACCACCUGUCAUUUAUAAAGAUUAUUAAAGCUGGAUUUUGAUGUUAAUAGAUGCAGGGGUUCCAACACUUGUGCUGUGCUUUGCGAUUGUGGAGGUCAUGCGGUUUCUGGAAAAGGGAUCUGGGUCUCAGAGCUGGUCCCUGGAAUCUGGUGGUGGCUUGAACCUGGAGUAUGUGAUCCUCUCUAUAAUCUGGGUCAAAAGCUUUUGUGCGUCUGUGCCAUGAAGCGCUGUUAGAUCUGUCUAUAAGUAGUCCUACGUUCGGUUCCGUUUCCUUAUAGUCAGCACCACUUAGUUCCUGUGUGACAACUCUUGUUGCAAAAGCAGUUGAUUCAUAAUAUUGGUUGUGCAGUUUAAUAAAACUUUUGAGUUCUUAGAGAA